UUUCAUAGACUUAAAGGAACAUCACUCCUUUUCUUUUUCGAUUUUUCCCUUUUUUAGUAGCUGUUAUGGGACUCUAAAUGUUCCAUUUUGAAGAAGUUGUUGGAUGUUUUCCAUUGCUAAAGAUGAUUUGUGAGCAAAGAGGUCUGCUAAAUUCUGCUGCAUUAUCACUUUUCAAUUUAUGAGUUCCAAACCUGAGAUGAUCUUUGCAAAGAAAGGUAUUCCUGGCAGCUGCAGCAGCUUGGUUGAGGUAUUUCAUUUGUUAGAGGAUAUAUAGAGUCUUCACAUCACAUUUGGUACAGUCAUGACGCCUCCACAUGAUCACUGGAAGUCGCUGAGGGCCCUGCUGCUAAUAAUAGGACUGAUCAUGUUAGUGGUUGGAGUCUUGUGUUUCCCCAACAUCAAAACAGCAGGAGUUAGCAUCCUCAUUACUGGGGUAGCCAUCAUAUUUUUGUCACUGCUGAGUCGGUUUGUGUUCACCUGUAAGAAACACGGCCCAAGAACAACUCCAUGGGAUGUGGAUAAGGUUUGCUGCAGACAGGCAAACUCUACCAAUUCACCAUCGACACAGUUUGAGGAGAGACAGAUUUCAAAUCAUGAAGUAGGAUGGUUUCACAGUGAGGUCAUCAGGACCAGCUCUCGCUGCUCUUCUGUAUGGACUAUCACAGAUGCUGCAUCAAAUGUUACCCAAUCAGAGACACCACCACCACCAUACCUUUCAAAAAAUGCAAGAGCAGACCUUUUAGAAUGUAACGGGAGAGAAGAGAAAAAUGUUCCACGACAUGACCAGCAUACAGGGUCUGAACUUCCAGACCUGCAGCACACCAAAUAUGAACAUCAGCCAGACAGCCAUGGGACAGGCAAUGAUUCAGGAGAACAGCAGUCCCAUCCCAGGCUGCACUUGGUUAUCUAUGAUCUGACUGGCAUAGAUAGGCCUACAGUACUUCUGGAGCCAAUUACACCUCCUCCAACCUAUGUUGAUGUGCAGCCAGAUAACUUAUUUGAGAAAACUUCACAGUUAUCCUGAACCUAAGGCUAUGAUACUGCACAGCAUUUACAUUUAUGAGAUGGCAGCUUUAAUCAUCCUUUAAAUUUAAUUUCGCAAUUAAAAGGCAAAUAGUUUCUGCUGAACUUUUGCUGAAUAAUGGAACUGUGAAAAGCUCAGGCAUGUUAAGAAUGGCACUGAAUGAUGACCUCAUUCAAACUUUGUUCUGUGGAUUAAUGUUGUGGUUUUGUUACCUCAUCCCUCUUAUUAUACUUUACCUUCUAUACCCUAAAGACAUUUUAUCAUUUUGUUUUGUUAAUCUGUGGUUUAUUCACCUUUAACCUUCCUGAUGAUGUACUCAUUGCACUGGAAUCUUAGUUUUAAACUACUUUCUAUUUGCUGUUGAGAUUUUUGUUUAAAUGACUUUUCUUAACCCAUUACAGUAUUAUGCUAAAACAAAUCCAUCCAUCCAUCCAUCCAUCCAUCCAUCCAUCCAUCCAUCCAUCCAUCCAUCACCCUUAUUCACAUUUUUGCAGAAGGGGACAGGAUGAUACUUCAACAGUGACCAUCAUCUAGGGCCAAAGGGCCAAAGUUCACACCACAUGGUGGCUAGCUGUGCUGCGAGAAUACAUAGGUAAGUACUAUUAUGCUAAAACAAAUAUAUGUGCCUCAUUAUUUCCACAGCAUUCAUUGUUGGCACUGCAAUCUAAACACCUUUAGUAAGACCAAA